ACAGCGAUAUCUUCCACGGGGUUGCAUAAGGUUUGCUCCGACUCUUCCGAAAGGGCGAAGAAACCACAUAGUUGUCGUCGUCGUCGUCGAAUGCCGCUGAGGCCGCCGGUGAUCACUAGGGUUUCUCCUCCGCUGAUCUCCAGUCCUCCGCUGAUCUCCAGUCCUCCGCCAUGGUUCCCAAAAUUUCUCUCCUCCUUGUCGCCCUUGCCCUUCUCCUUGCUCCUCCUUACCGCUCUAUCGCCGGAGCGACUGAUGCUUUAGAGUCAGUUCCGGAUCUUCAGAGUGCAAUGUACCGGAACAUCAAGAGUUAUCCUUGUGUGAGGCUUCUGAAUCUUUCUGGCGAAAUUGGUUGUUCUAAUCCUGGUCAGGAGAAAGUUAUUGCACCCAUUGUAAGGUUCAAGCAUAGCAGUGAUGAGUUGACUCGUCUGUCUGCUGUUUUACUUCCCUUAGAGGAGUUGGAAGGUUUGUUCCUCAGGAUUUCCAAAGAUAUGGAUUUUGCUCAAAAAGUUGCUGGUGUUUUGGUUGAAUCAGAUGGAUACCCAAGCAAGUCACUAGGGUUCUCACCAGCUGAAAAGUUUCCGCAAUCUGCUUUUGCACCAUACAAAAAUAUUAACUAUGAGUGGAAUCUUGCUGGUUCUGGCAUUAUGUCAAAUCAGUAUAACUUCCCUGUGUUUUUGCUCUCUCCAGAAACCAAGUCAUUUGUUCAAGAGUUGGCUGGUAAGAAUGCUGGGGGCACUGAUUUGUACCAAGUAAUUGUUGCUGAAUUUGAUCUAGUCAUGCAGACAACAAAAUCACACACACAUGAUUCAGGAUCUUGUCUCAAAGAGCAGACUUGUCUGCCGUUAGGUGGCUUCAGUGUAUGGUCUUCUCUACCACCGAUCAACAUCUCAUCCGAAAAGCCAUCUAAAUCUAUUAUAAUGGCAGUGGCAUCUCAAGACUCUGCAUCGUUUUUUCGUGACCGAAGUCUUGGUGCCGAAUCUCCGAUCUCUGGUUUGAUUGCAUUGCUGGCUGCAGUUGAUGCCCUUUCCCAUGUAGACGAUCUAAAUGAGCUUAAGAAACAGCUUGUUUUCGUAGUUUUCACUGGGGAAGCAUGGGGAUAUCUUGGUAGCAGGAAAUUUCUACAAGAAUUAGAUUUGGGUACAGAUGCUGUCAAUGGCCUCAACAACACGAUGAUUGAACAGGUAUUGGAGAUUGGAUCUGUUGGGAAAGGCUUAGAUCAAGCUACCAGGGCCACAACCUUCUAUGCACAUGCAAGAGGGGAUUCAUCUGUUACAAAAGAUAUGCUGACGGCCUUACAAAGUGCUAGUGAUUCGCUUGGUUCAGACAAUGUCAAAAUCAAAGCUGCAGAUGUAUCAAAUCCUGGUAUUCCACCAUCUUCACUGAUGACAUUUCUGAGAAAGAAUUCUUCGGUGGCCGGAAUUGUUCUGGAGGACUUUGAUUCAUCUUUCACCAACAAAUUUUACCAUAGUCAUUUGGAUAGUCCUUCAAAUAUCAACUCUUCCUCGAUUGCAGCUGCUGCUGCAUUGGUUGCCCGGACUUUAUAUAUUCUUGCAAGUGGUGAUUUGACAGUAAAUCUCAUGACACUUAACUCUAUAAAAGUUAAUGUGUCCUUGGUUGAAGAGUUGGUAGGAUGCCUACUGAGUUGUGAACCAGGUUUUUCAUGCAGCAUUGUCAGGAACUUCAUUUCACCGAGCAUUACCUGCCCAAGUCAUUAUGUUGGGGUGUUCCUUGAUUCGCCUGAUACACGGUACCCUGAAUAUGCUGAUGAUACAUCCCGAUUUGUCUGGAACUUUCUGGCUGAUAAAACCUCUGCUCUAAAGGGCAGCACAAGUUCCUGCACUGGCAAGUGCAAUAGCAUAGAUCAAGUUUGUAUCGGAGCAGAAAUUGAGGGCAAAGGCAGAUGUGUAAUAUCUACAACCAGGUAUGUUCCCGCUUAUUCCACCCGACUCAAAAUUGAAGACAACUUAUGGCAUGUAAUUCCUGCAAGUACUUUGGAUCCUAUGGGAUCUGUGGAUCCUGUAUGGACAGAAAGCUUUUGGAAUACCAUUGGCCUUCGAGUUUACAUGGUGCAGAGUGGAACUUAUGACCGGCUCAUCCUUGUUGGUGGAGUAGGUGUGACAGUUGCCUCUUAUAUUGUAACAAUAGUGACCAAAUCUUUUCUUGCAAAGGCUGUGAAAAAUGAUUGAUAUUUUUUGGUAGAUCUAACCAAGUUGGGUUGCAUACGGAUGCCCCCAGAAUCACACUCCAGGGACUUGGACUUGUUAUAUCUAGAAAUCACCUUAUACUUGUUACAAGAAGAGACUGUCCUGGAACUUUUUAUUAUUUUUUGUUCUGGUUUACACAUUAGAGGAGCAUCUCAAGUGUACCCCUAUAUUUUUCUUGUCAUUUUUAUCAGUCAAUAUGGGGGUUGGAAGUACCACCAUCCCUAAUAGAAGUUAAUUUGAAGUUCAAAGGCAACCAGCGAUAAUAGCGUCAUGGCUGUUGUGUUUCCUACUGCUGCCAUGGCUGUAUAUUUGGUUUGAAAGGUAGAACCAUCUUGUUUCUUCUUUCUGGGCAAGCUAUUUGUAUUUCUGAAUCUAAUUGACUGUAUAUUUCCGGAUCCUAUGUAGCUGAAAAUUUUUCAAAUGACAGCAGAAUUUUGAUA